AUGGUUAUACUCCCCUGUGAAGCCGAUAGGAUCGAAAGAGAGUGUCCAAAUCGGCGUUACGUGUUCGAGAGACAUCCCAGGAAAAAAUUAAAAUUACCAUUGACAGAUAUCAAGGAAGUUAGCGCGGCAAAUAGAACAGACUGCGAGGAUAGAUGUUUGAACGAGUUCAGUUUCAUUUGCCGAUCCGCCACCUAUGACACUGCUCUGAGAAGCUGCGCUCUAAGUCGUUUCACCAGAAGAACUCAUCCUGAAUUGCUGGAAGACGAUCCGAAUUCUGAUUAUCUCGAAAAUACCUGUCUGAAUGCGGAACGGCGUUGCGAUGGGUUAGCAGUAUUCGUCAAAGAAGAGAACAAGCGUCUUCGUGGACCAUUCGAAGUGGACAUUUACACGAAUCUUACUCUGGAUGAAUGUCAAGCCCUUUGUUUAAGAGCCGAGAAGUACUUCUGUCGGAGCGUCGAGUUCGACGAGCAAACGCGACAAUGCGUUAUUUCAGAAGAAGAUUCCGUGUCUCAGAAGGACGAUAUUGGAAUAAGCAGCAGCCCUAGCCAUCAUUUUUAUGAUCUAGUUUGUUUAGACAAUCCCUUGAUAACAAUGAUACGAUCAAUUAAUACCUUACAACACUUUACCAAUACCCACUUACGAAGCGUAGAUCCGUCCGUAGCACGUGGCUCCGAAUAUCCAGACAGCAGCUCCACGUCGCACCUCUUCUCUGAUGGACGACGACCAGAUACAGCGUUUCAACGUUAUCGAAACUCCCGUUUGAGCGGUGAAUUUCACUCCGAGAUAACUGGACGCAGCCUGAGCGAAUGCCUUGACGAAUGUCUCCGACAGACCAGUUUCCAGUGCAGGAGCGCCGUUUAUUCGGAACAUUAUCACACCUGCCGACUGAGCCGAUUCAAUCAGCGUGACGGGCACAGGAUCAUCUACGAUGCGGAUUACGAUUACUACGAGAAUCUUAUGCGUUAUCCAGAGGAUUACGACAAGGGGUUCAGUAGCAGCGCAAAGCCAGAUCGAUAUCCAGAUCGAUACCCAGAUCGUCAUCCAGAUCGUUAUCCAGAUCGUUACCCAGAUCGUUAUCCCGAUCGUUACCCCGAUCGUUAUCCCGAUCGUUACCCAGACAGAUAUCCAGAUCGAUACCCCGAAAAAUAUCCAGACAAAUAUCCAGACCGUUACCCUGAUAAAUAUCCAGAUCGUUAUCCUGAUCGUUAUCCAGGUGACAGGUAUCCCGAAAGAUAUCCUUUAAACGGGCAAUAUCCAAUUGGAGCAGCAGGAGACACAUUUCCUGACCCUGUGGAUCGAUAUCCUAUCAGUGAUCGUUAUCCUGUGAGUGAUCGUUAUCCAAUGGUGGAUCGAUAUCCACAUUCAGAUAGAUAUCCAAUCUCUGAUCGAUUUCCAAUCAGGGGCGGCGAUCGGCGUCCUAUUCAUCCUGAUCGGUAUCCUAUCCCAGAUCCUGCAGUAGAUAGAUAUCCAACAACUGGUAGUAGAUACCCCACUGGAGUUGCUAACCGAUAUCCGAUAUCUCCAGGUCGUUAUCCCAGCGAUAGCGAUCGGUAUCCUAACAGCAUAGACCGGUAUCCUAUUCCCGAAGAUCCUCUGGACCGGUAUCCGUCCGGUAUGGCUGGUGGCAGACCUCACGUCGAUCGGUAUCCUAUUAGCGAAAGAUAUCCCGAGAAGGAUGUUUAUCCUAAUCGGUAUCCACCAUCGUCACACGGAGGAUACUCUCCAACCUAUCCUGACGAUAUCUACGGCCCGCAGGGUCACCCAGAUCGGAAUCACUACAACGUAGGAGGAUCCACGCGUCCUUUAGGCUACGGUGGUUACGGCAACGACGGUGGAAUAAUCGGUGGCGGUUACAUAGGCGAAGGUGGAGUGUACAAUUCGCGACCUUUCGGUACAAGCGGUGGUCCAAUUAUCGGUCGACCGCCUCUCGUGUCCAGAUGCGACGAACAGGACAACUUCCGACAAGUAGGGCCGCACACUCGAGUCCGCAAACCAUUCGUCAGACGAUACACGACAGCGUCCUCGUUGGCCCAAUGCGAAAGGGAGUGUGCCGAUGCUAGGGACUUCGUGUGCAGAUCGUUCAAUUAUCGCCCGUACGCUGCUCCCUACGGCGCAGAAAGAGACAACUGCGAGUUGAGCGACCGUGACUCCAGGGACAUGGACAUGGGCAAUCCUGUGUACUACGAUACCGGCUCCGAUUACGACUUCUACGAAAGGAACAACGGCAGGCAAGGAGCUGAUGCAGAGUGUCUGGAUGGUAAGCGUCGUAGGACACCUUGGAUGCCGUCUACAUGGGUCACGUGGAGAAACGUUUACGCCGCCGGUCCAUAUUACAACCUGAGUCAAGUGUGUAGCGAGGACGGGAUGGAAUUUACUUUGAGGACACCGGAAGGAUUCAUUGGUCGGAUUUACACUUACGGCUAUUAUGAUCGCUGCUUCUUCCGCGGGAACGGGGGAACCGUAAAUGUUCUUCGGAUCAGUGGUCCCCAAGGUUAUCCUGAAUGCGGUACUCAAAGAUAUGGAGACACAAUGACGAACAUCGUCGUGGUACAAUUCUCGGACUAUGUGCAAACAGGAAGGGACAAACGCUUCAAUCUCACCUGUCUGUUUCGAGGCCCUGGCGAAGCUGUCGUCACAUCCGGCUACAUCGGUGCCGGAUCAGGGUCUCCAAUUCCAAUCGAAUAUCUUCCAGCGGAAAAUACCUUAAGUUCUCGAGUACGUUUGCUGAUUCUUUAUCAGGGCAGACCUACGACAACCAUCGCUGUUGGUGAUCCACUCACUUUUAGACUGGAAGCUCAGGAUGGCUGUCCAGUGGACAAUUACGUAUUCCCCGGGUUGGAUCGUUUGAGGGAUGGUGACAGUCUGGAAGCGCGUUUCAAUGCUUUUAAAAUCCCCGAGUCUAAUUUCUUGGUGUUUGAAGCGACCGUACGAACAUGUCGAGACGGUUGUCAACCAGCUUAUUGUUCCGGCGGUACCGGAAGGAGCGAGCCAUCCUUUGGAAGACGCAGAAGAGACGUGUUAGAAAACGAUACCAUCGCAGAAGAAAAUGAAAUAAGUACGAUAACGGAGAAUAACAUAAAUGACACGUUCUCUGUGUUGAAUUCGACAGUCAUUGAAGACAGUGAUAAUGCGGAAGAGGAGGAAGAAGAGGAACACGUGAGAGAAAUGAUCGAGGUCUUGGAUUCAAGAAUGGACAUCGACGAAGAAACAAUGGUUGAGAAACAAACUACCAUUAUGGAGAACGUCUGUAUAACUCCUAACGAGUAUUAUGGACUGGUAACAGCAGUCGCGGUGCUCGUAGUACUUCUAGCAUCUGUGGUCUUAUUAUCCAUGUUAAUUUACAGAAAAUACGCUUACACGGUAAUCACGAAGAACCGUAGAGUUGACAAAAUAUGUAAUCGAAGCAAUCAUUCGGACGAUGCUUACAGCAGCCGUGCUAAUAACUUCUCUUUCUUGAGGACGGGUCUUCAGAAACCGUUUCAAUCUACGUCGAUCUCCCGAUCGAUGAGCAACGUGAUCGGCCAACGCGUGAGCUCAUCGUCAACUGCUCUGGAGGGUGCUGUUGGAUUGUCAUCCAGCAGAAGAACCGGCUUCGACCCCAGUGAACCAAUCUACACCGAUCCAUCAUUAUUCGAAGUUGCUCGUUGCUCGUCACCAAAACCUGUCCACGAUGACAACUUCCAUCUCAUGUGAAGAUCAUCGUGAAAUUUCCCUCUUUAACAUACCCGUACUUAUUAUUAGUCCAACACUUGAAUCUUGAAAAUAGGAAAAUAGAAACAUCGACGGAUUUUCAUUACAAUCAAAGGCGAUCAUAUCGAUAGAUUUUUAAUGCGACAUUUUAAAUUGUUCAUAUUAAAAUUGCACGAUUCAUUGAUAGAAUUUGAUCUCAGUGAUGCUGAAGUUUUUAUAAUACAUGUGCUACAUAAUGUUUCGGCGAUUCCUUGGCUUUUUGAAUGAUUCAGAGAGACUUUGUAAAUUCUUCAUUUCUUUUUUUUCUGUUCUUUUUCGUGACGUUAAACACAGCUAGUCAAAUUCACUGACCACUGCCAGCUAUGACUGCCAUGUCGAUAAACUGACAUAUAUACUUUCACUGAUUUAAUAGAAGAAUGAACAGUUUAUCAAGACACGUACUAUGAAUAUGUAUCGAGAUAUGUUUUACACUUUUAAA